CCACAAAUCGAAGAAAAAAUCAUCUCAAUUUCACCUAAAUUUCCUCUCUCCUCUCUCUCUCUCUCUCUCACUUGCACACACUUCACAAGAUUUUGCUCAACAGAGUCUUGUAAGGGUUUCUGAGUUCUGUGUUUAAUUUUUCCUUUCUGUAAUUUCCCCCUUCUGAUCGAUCCCGCUUCCGCUGAUCCCUUUCUGUGAAUCAUCUGUUUUUCUGAUUUUAAUUUGGGUUUGUUUUUUUGGGUUAUUGAAAAUUCAUCAAGAACAGAGAAAGGCAAACUUAGAAUCUUGAUUUCAAGAAAAAUCAGGUGUUUUCAGAACGAGAGAGAUCUGUGGUUGUUUUCUUUAUUAACUUUCUGCAAUUUUUUCGUUUGUUUGAGGGCUUAUUAGUCGUUCCCUCGAUUCUACAAAAGGGGUUCAAGGGGUUGCUUAUUUUAAACCUCGGAUCCUUGAAAAAGGUAAAAAAAAGAUUCGAUUUUCGGUCGUUUUUUUUGUUGAUUUGUUUGCAAGAUUAUUGUCGAUUCAAUUCAGAUGGCAGCUACAAUGGAUUUUUGGAGUAGCCCAGAAGUUUUAGAUCCUUUUAGAGGUGGUGACCUUAUGGAUGCACUUGAACCUUUUAUUCGAAGUGCUUCUUCCACACCCAAUUUUUCUCCUUCCAAUCUCCCUUCUUCACCGCACAGUGGUAGCGACCAGUUUUUUACUAUUUCCACACCUUCCCCUCUCUCCGGUUCCCUUCCCUACAAUUCCUACAAUUCUUUCUACUACGCCAGUCCGUGUGAACCGCCCAAUAUGUACACGGGCGUACCCCAACCCUAUUCUUCUUCACCUAUUGGGCUGAUCCAGGCCCAAAUAGGUGCCAACCCGUAUCCGACCCAUGACCCGGGGGCACUCCGUGCCAGGUCCGUGCCGAUGAAGGCGGCGGCGCCGCCGAAGCCGAAUAAGCUGUACCGUGGGGUACGGCAGCGCCACUGGGGGAAGUGGGUGGCGGAGAUCCGGCUGCCGAAGAACCGCACGCGCCUCUGGCUGGGGACGUUCGACACGGCGGAGGAGGCGGCGCUGGCGUACGACAAGGCGGCGUAUAAGCUGCGUGGGGACUACGCGCGGCUCAAUUUCCCGCACCUCCGCCACAGCGGCUCACGCGUCGUCGCCGGCGGCGGGUUUGGGGAGUAUCAGCCGCUUCCCGCCGGCGUCGAGGCUAAGCUGGAGGACAUCUGCCAGGCGCUGGCGCAGGGCCGGAGUAUCGACGCUGAGGUCAAGAAAUCCAGAUCGAAGAAAUCUAAGGAGGCGGCUGCCGUCGCCGCCGCCGCCGCCGCGGCGGCCUCGGCGGAAGAGGAGGAGAAGAGCGGCAAGAUGUCUGAAUCCGAGAGCGACGGGUCGAUCGAGGCGUCCCUGGGUUCGGAUCCGGGUUUCUUUGAGUUCGAGUCGGAGGAGCAACCCGGUUGGGAAAUGGGGUAUCUGCCUAAGUAUCCUUCUAAUGAGAUUGAUUGGGAUGCAAUAUAAUAAUAAUAAUUAGGAAUUUGCGUUUGGGUCUGUUGUAGAUAAGUCGGUCAGUCUAAUUGGGCCUGCAAUGAAUUUUUGCAAAUUGUAGGCCCAAUUUGUAGUAUUGGGUUUUUUUUUUUUUUGUCUCUUUUUGUCAAUGAUUAGUCGGCGGCGGCGCGGCUUGUUGGCUUUAGUCAGAUUUUUGAAAUGGCUAAUCCAGGGUUGUAAUGCUUUGUAUUUUUAUUUUUUUGAAAUUUUUGUUUUUGUAAACUGUUUCGUGUAUUUAGAAAAUGUUAUGUAAAUCAAAUUUAGGUCUAAAUGUGUGGUUGAAAUUUCUAGUCA